AUGGCCACAGACCAACCCUCGUCCACAGGCCCAGUCCCGGGCCCAUCACGCCAGCGUCGCCAGUCGCAGAGCACACUGGCAGCCGUGGACCGUCGUCGUUCCAGGAUGAGUCCAACGCGUAUCGUCCUCGCGCUCCUCAAGCACGGCAAGUACGUUGCUGCCGGUGCCGCGGGCAUCUGGUGGCUCGACCUGCGCGCUGCUGCCGAGAACGUUCUUGACGGCGAAGAUGGAUGGGCAAAGCGCAUGCUGAAGGCUCAUAUUGGCCUGCAGGGGCUCACUAUUGUCUUCUUCCUCUACCUUACGCUCUUCCUUCCAUGGGUGAGGGGCUACAUCCCCAAUUACCCUAAAUGGCAAGCGUCGCGUCGACUUCGCGUCAUUGUGCCAGCCCUCACGACCUCGAUCCUCCUCGGAUGGACGCUACUCGUUUGCGCGCUUAGCCAUGCCGCGAACCCUGUCCCCGGAGGGCCGAUCCGCGACGCGAUCCGCGAUGCCCUCAACGUCGAAAACGUCAAGCCUGGGCUCGGUGUCAUGGGCGCCAUGGCUGGAGCGACGGCCGUGUAUACGCUCGUGUUUGGUCUCCUGGGCUUCAUCCCAGCUCCCAACGUUCCAGUUCGCAUCAAGAAGAGGCAGUAA